CAGGGGCUUGCGUGUAUGGACGGGAGUAUGAGACAAGAGGAGGGAGGGGCCUGGGAUGGGGGGGGUGUUGUGGGGGGGAAGCCAGCCAGAGGAGGCGACAGCCCAGCAGAAGCCAGGAUCUGCCCCCGGAGCUGGGAAGCUGCCUUCUCUUCCCCACCCCAGUCCCCGUUCACCAUGUCCUGGCUGGGAAGGCUGGAGCUGCUACUGCUGGCCGGCUGCCUGGGAGUCCAAGGCCUGAACCAGGAGGAGAAGCUUCUGAACGACUUGAUGAGAAAUUACAACCCGAACCUGCGGCCCGCCGAGAUGGACUCGGACGUGAUCAACGUCAGCCUGAAGCUCACCCUUACCAACCUCAUCUCCUUGAAUGAGCGGGAGGAAGCCCUCACCACCAAUGUCUGGAUAGAGAUGCAAUGGUGUGACUACCGCCUGCGCUGGGACCCCAGGGACUACGAGGACGUGUGGGUGCUGAGGAUCCCCUCCACCAUGGUGUGGCGGCCGGAUGUCGUUCUGGAGAACAAUGUGGACGGCGUGUUCGAAGUGGCCCUCUACUGCAAUGUCCUCGUGUCCCCCAAUGGCUGCAUCUACUGGCUCCCGCCCGCCAUCUUCCGCUCAUCCUGCCCGGUCACCGUCACCUACUUCCCCUUCGACUGGCAGAACUGCUCCCUGGUUUUCCAGUCCCAGACCUACAGCUCAAACGAGAUCGAUUUGCAGCUGAGUGAAGAAGACGGCCGGACGGUGGAGUGGAUCUUCAUUGACCCCGAGGCCUUCACUGAGAAUGGGGAGUGGGCCAUCAAGCACCGCCCUGCCAAGAGGCUCCUGGAUCCUCCGGCCGCCCCCGGGGAGGCGGGCCACCAGCGCGUGGUCUUCUACCUGCUCAUCCAGAGGAAGCCCCUCUUCUACAUCAUCAACAUCAUCGCUCCGUGCGUGCUCAUCUCGUCCGUCGCCAUCCUCAUCUACUUCCUGCCUGCCAGAGCUGGGGGACAAAAGUGCACUGUCUCCAUCAACGUACUGCUCGCCCAGACCGUCUUCCUCUUCCUGGUGGCCAAGAAGGUGCCAGAGACCUCACAGGCUGUGCCCCUCAUUAGCAAGUACCUGACUUUCCUGUUGGUGGUGACCAUCCUAAUCGUGGUGAAUGCUGUUAUUGUCCUCAAUGUCUCCCUCCGGUCUCCCCAUACUCACUCCAUGGCCCGAGGGGUGCGAAAAGUGUUCCUUUACCUGCUGCCUCGACUGCUAAAGAUGCACAUGAGACCCUCUGGGUCCCUGGCCCCCAGGCGCCUCACCCGCUACCUGCAGAAUGGCUCCUCUGGGGGCCAGCCGGCUCGGGAGGAGGCCGCCCCGUGGAUGCCCUGCAGCGAGCUGGCAUUCCAGCAGCGCUGGCAGAGGGACGGGCUGGUGAAAGCUGCGCUGGAGAAGAUAGGGAACGGGCUGGAGUCUGGGAACAGUCAGGACUUAUGUGCCAGCCUGAAGCAGGCAGCCCCCGCCAUCCAGGCCUGCGUGGACGCCUGCAGCCACAUCGCCUGGACCAGGAGACAGCAGAGACAUUUCGACAAUGAGAAUGAAGAGUGGAUGCUGGUGGGCCGUGUUCUGGACCGAGUCUGCUUUCUGGCCAUGAUCGUACUUUUCUUCUGUGGCACCUUCGGCAUCUUUGUCCUGGCCCACUACAACCAGGUCCCUGCUCUCCCUUUCCCAGGAGAUCCCCGUACCUAUCUGCCUUAGCUGUCACAGGCAGCGUGGUGGGGGAGGGGCCACCGAUGGUCCCCUUGGCUGAGUUCUGGGCCCCUGAGGUUGGACUUUGGCAUUCCGCUCCUGCCAUGUUUGGGUGCCUGAGGUUCGGGCACCUCUCAUGUGAAAAAAGAAGGUGGAGAUGUUUGUGUAGUGCUUCCACAGAGAUCUGUGAUCUGGGCACUCUGGGAAAAAUCCAAGGGAAAUAAAGGUUCAGACCCAAA